AUGGUAAACUGCGGAUGCACUAAAAGAGACAGCGGUGGAAUCGAGUGCUUCAUUGAAUUCGAAGCUUCAGAAACCUCAGAUAUCGAAGGAACAGGAAUAAUGACUAAAUUCAUAGAAGGAUUGGCUGUAGUUGGAUCAUUUCUAGUUAUUAUUUUCACUAUGCCAUUUUCAUUGUGCGUUAUAUUCAAAGUUGUUCAAGAAUAUGAAAGAGCCGUUGUUUUUCGAAUGGGAAGGCUAAAAGGUAGACCUCAAGGACCGGGCACAUUCUUUGUAUUACCUUGUAUCGACAAUUGCGUACGUGUUGAUUUACGGACGGUCUCAUUCGAUGUACCACCGCAGGAGGUUCUCACUAAGGAUUCUGUGACUGUCAGUGUCGAUGCAGUCGUAUAUUAUCGGAUUAAGGAGCCCCUAAAUGCUGUUAUCAAGAUAGCGAAUUACAGCCAUUCGACGCGGCUACUGGCAGCAAGUACAUUGCGCACUGUCCUCGGUACCAGGAGUCUUGCAGAAAUUCUAGCUGAACGGGAGACUAUAUCUCAUACUAUGCAGAUAUCCCUGGACGAGGCAACGGACCCGUGGGGUGUAAAAGUUGAACGCGUCGAAAUUAAAGAUGUUCGAUUACCAGUGCAGCUUCAGCGUGCCAUGGCGGCGGAAGCGGAAGCCGCGCGAGAGGCGCGAGCCAAAGUGAUCGCCGCUGAGGGAGAGAUGAGAGCAUCUCGAGCUCUGAAGGAAGCUAGCGAUGUCAUUUCCACAAGUCCCGCGGCUCUUCAGUUGAGAUAUUUGCAGACGCUAAAUAAUAUAUCAGCAGAGAAGAAUUCAACGAUUAUUUUUCCUUUACCAGUCGAAUUAUUUACACCUUUUCUUAAUACAAGAAAAUCACUGGUCAAUGAAACACUAACUAAUUUAAUAACCGAUAAUAGACUUGUCUAA